AUGGGCGCAGGGCAGGCAGGAGCAGCCCCGGGCGGGUGCCAGUGGGAGCAGGGGGAAGAGAGGGACAAGGGUCGUGGAGAGGGGCUGGAGGCACAGACCGAGGCCCGGAGGAACGACAUUGUGGAGUGGCUCAUCCAGAAGUACGGCAUCUCCGAGGAGGAGGCGCUGCACCUUGGCAACCUCCUGGUGAAGCACGGCUACAUCUACCCCCUCAAAGACCCCCGCAGCCUCGUGCUCCGUGCUGACGAGUCGCCCUACCGCUUCCAGACCCCCUAUUUCUGGACCAGCACCAAGUGGCCAGCCACGGAGCUGGACUAUGCGAUUUACCUGGCCAAGAAGAACAUCCGCAAGCAGGGUGACCUGAUUGAGCACGAGAAGGACAACUACAACCUCCUGCACAAGAGGAUCAACCACACGUGGGACUUCGUGGUCAUGCAGGCCCGGGAGCAGCUCCGGGCGGCCAAGCAGCGGCGGAAGGGCGACCGCAUCGUCAUUGAGUGCCAGGAGCAGGCGUACUGGCUCGUGAACAGGCCCCCGGCCAAGAACAUGGAUUACUACAAGCGGGAGAUCGACUACUGCAGGAAAGCCAUGGCCAGGACGCGGGUCAAGUCGUCCAUCUGCCUCGAGGGGUACAUCAAGUUCAACGAGCAGUACGUGCCCCACGACCCCAUCAUGUCCGGCUGCCUGCCCAGCAACCCCUGGAUCACGGACGACACCACGUACUGGGCCAUGAAUACUCGGCGGCUCUCCCCCCCCCCCAAGCUGCGUGUGGAGCGCUGGGGCUUCGGCUUCAGCGAGCUCCUCGCCGACCCGCUGGGCCGCGCGCAGCUCCUCGACUUCCUCAAGAAGGAGUUCAGCGCCGAGAACCUGAGCUUCUGGGAGGCCUGCGAGGGGCUGCCCCACGCCCGCAUCGCCGACAUCGUCAACGACAUCUACCAGCAGUUCCUGGCUCCUGGAGCCACCCGCUGGGUGAACAUCGACAGCAAGACCAUGGAGCGGACGCUGGAGGGCAUCAAGACGCCCCACCGCUACGUGAUGGACGACGCGCAGAUGCACAUUUACAUGCUGAUGAAGAAGGACUCCUACCCGCGCUUCCUCAAGUCCGAGCUCUACAGGAACCUCCUAGCUGAGGCCGUCAUCCCCCCCGAGACCAAAAAACGCGUGUUCCCCUUCAUGCGCAAGCAGCGACACUCCAGCCCCAGCCCGGCCCUGCUGCCGCCUGCGAGCGACGCCGAGGCCAAGGCAGAGGAGAAGAGCAGGGGCCCUGCUGCCACCCCCGUCCUCGAGGAGCAGGGCUAG